CCGCCACCCCGUCUCGCCUGUAGAUCGCACCCGCUGCCUUUCCCGUCCCGCCCGCAACCUAGCCCUCACAUCUUCUCCUCACGCCCGACGCCAUGAAGGGCAAGUUUUCGUUCAACCUCGCGCCCAUCAAAGUCCCCACCAAGGCCGAAACCAAGGCUCUCAAGGAGUCGCUCGCAACGCGUGACAUUGCUACGCCUUCGUCGCCUUUCAUCAACCGCCGCAUUCUUUCUCCCCACACCGAAGCAGAACUGCGCGCCGCCUGCGAGGCCGUCCUCAAGCAAGAUGACAACUCGUAUGGCCAAGCUGCUGCGCUUCAGGCUGCCGAGGCCAACGCGGCCGACCCUCUGCACCGCUCGAUGAAGACCAUGCAAGCCAGGCGGACCGAGAGCCACCCGCCAGCCCACCCAGCCCCACCGCGAGGAGCCGCUAAGCCUAUCGCUGCGAUGCCAUCAACCCAACCACACAAAUCGAACGUGGUGCCCAGCGACGCGUCCCCGGAGCGUCAUCUGGCGCACAACCUGAUACCGGCAAACUCCAGUCGCAGAAGAAACCACCAGGACACUUUGGACGAAUCCAAGUCGGCAAUUUGCAAGGCGUCCAUAAGCCAGAGUGAACAGCGCCCGCCUCAACACACGUCGCGGCCCAUCGCGAACGAGAGGCCAGGCACGGGUUCGAUUGGCAAAGGCCUGGAUUCCCCCGAAACAAGCUAUUCUACGCCUCUGAGCGCUUCGACGACCGACCGAAACCCCUAUGCCUCCACUGCAAGAACCUCAGCAGGGAUGCCCUCGCGAUGCUCAAAGCGAAACUCUCACUACGUGCACAGCGACGAGGAAGCUGCAUCACGGGCAGAUGCCGAGGCAGCAAAUUGGACGCGGAUGGAACGCGAGCGCCAUGGGAGAGAAGAUGCGCUUCACCGUCCGGUGUCACGGACAAGCCAAACCGCCAGUGCGAGGAGGAGCGUUACGGAUAUCAAAGAGUAUUUCCGGCCAGGCUCCUCACAGCUCAGCAAAUCAGCAUCCCGGGAUUCCUUGAGGAGCAGGAGGUCAGAAGCCGCCAGCACGCAACCCACUACCCAAAAACAUGGCUGGAGAAGCUGGGGCGUGCAGCGGAGUUCAAGCAGUGACAGCCUUGGCAGUCGAUCGGGAAGCAUCCGUUGCGGGAGUACCGAGCGCAACCAAGAUGGCAAAAAGGGGAUUAACCUCAACAGGGAAUUGCCACCAUUGCCGAGUGUGGAUCAAUGGAAGGCCCCGAGGCCCGAAGUGCCGUACUCGAAGCCAAGCAACCCUACGCAUAUUGCGAACUUAAUGCAAGUGCAGCCGAAGGCUCACAGUCGAAGAAACGGACAUGACCGACAGACACCUAGGGAGCACAGGACACGCCAACGUGCCGAUGCUGGAUCACGCACUGCGUCAUCGCAACACAGCAAUGACUCUGACGUCCCGAUGCAUUUUCAGCCGCGGCAACAGGAUCCCCUCACGCGGGAUUUAGCCUCGUCUCAUAUCGAUUUUGACAACCUCAUUUCCGCAAUGAAGUACACAAGAAAGCAGGAUGGCACUAACCUGAGCAAUCCAUCGUUGGCUGAUAGUGGGCACGGUGUGGAACAGCCGCAUCAGGCCCGCCGGCCGAGCAUGAAGAUCAGCAUAGACCAGCACGGCGAGAAAGCCCCGAGUUUCAGCAGAAAGGCGAGCAUGGAGGAUCGGUCUCUCGAUGCAAAGUACAAAAACGUGGUUCAGCUGAAGGCGGAUGAGACAUCGCCCAGCAGCCCCGUUCACAGCGCCAUGGGCGGCUUGAAGAAAGUGUUCACUGGCUUGGGCUUGGGGAAGCACAAGAAAUCCGAGACAUGGAUGGACAAGUUCGAAAGGAGCGGGGUCAAGGGCGGAGUCCUGAUCCACGACGAAGCCGCAGGGGCGCCUGUUGUCCGGUACUAGGAAGCUGACCCGUACUAUGUGAGGUGUCUUUGUUUGGCAGUGUAUAUACCCUUAUUGAUUGAGUGACAUGGCUUGUGUUACUUCUUACCCGAGU